AUGUCACAAAAAGUUACUAUCACUGUUGAAGAGUAUAUCCAGAUGUUAAUUAAUGAAAAAGAAUUAAAGGUAUUAAAAGAUGAAACUAUUCAUCUUCUAAAUGAAAAAGAAAUAAAUAAAAUAUUAAUUAAAGAAAUGGAGAUGAAAAAUAAUAGUCUCAGUGAAGUGGUUCAACAAGAAAUUAAAAAAUAUGCACAAUUAGAAUAUAAAAAAAGAUAUUUAGAGAAUAAAUUAAAUCAAUUAGAAAAUGAUAAACAAUUAAAUGAUAAAGAAAAAUUAGAAACAUUAACUGAAAUAAAAACAAAUUUAAAAAAACAACCAAACAUAUUUAUUCAACAAGAAUAUCUACAAGAAUAUCCAUAUAAUGAAAAAAAAUUGAAUUUUAAACAUUCUAUUUUUUCUGAAACAAUAUCAAAACCAAUAAAUAUAAAGAAUACAUAUUUAUUUAUGCCAAUAUUUACUAAAAAAGAAAUAUCUAAUUCAUUAGGAAAAGUUACAGAACCAAUGACUGAUGAAAUUUAUAAAAAAGUUCUAAUUUUUUUAAAUGAAAUUCCAAAAGAUGAGAAGUAUAAAAUUACUACUAAUAAAGUAGUUAAAAUUACUCCAUUAUUUAUUUUUGAAGUUCAAUAUGAUUUAUUUGUUGAGAUAUUUAAGUCAUUUAUUGAAAAUAAAAAAGAAGUAGUACUUAUUAAUAAAUAUCCAAGUAUAUCAUCGAAAGUUUUAUUUCAAGAAUAUUGUAAUCAAGCGGGAAUUCAUUGUUUAAAUUCUACUUAUGAUGAAAAAGCAAAAUGGCAAAGAGUUCAUAUUGCAAAGUUUAAUAAAUGUAUUAUUGCAUUAGAAAAACAAAGAAAAAAAGAUGGUCUUAAUAUAUUUUUUUCUUUUAUUAAACAUCGAUGUCCUCGUUUCCAGUUUAUUGGUUUAGGUAAAAUGUAA